UUUCCAAUCGACCUCACCAAAUCUCAUUCCUUUUAAAAAACUCGAACAUUGAACAUAAUUUUCACAUCAGCUAGCUCUGGUACAUUAAUACACAAAAAUACUUUCACACUUUUUCAAUUUAACUUCAUACUGUGCGAGAUUUGAAGAAAUCGACUCAAGAUGCACAUCCCGGAGGUGGACAUGUGGAAUGUUAGCAAAUGCAGUCGUUUGCAACGUCAGGUCAUCCUCAAAGCCAUGCCUCCAGGACUGGCGACAGUGGACUACGCCGAAAUAUAUCAUCAGGACAUGUUCUAUCUAGACUGCCAAGAGUAUCGGGACUAUUCCAGGGACCCGUAUAACAAAGUUCACAUUCCAGCAAGGUUCAGGGUGUACAUGGGCAAGUGCACUGAAAAAGAGGACACGGAGAGUCAACGGAUGCUCGAAUCUCCUCAAGGGCGAGUCGAUCGCCAACCUAUUGUGUUCCCGAUCGAAUAUCCCCACGACAUGGCCCUGGACCGUAAGGAUUGCGAAUUUAUAAAGGGUCGUAAUUCCAAAUACUCCAAUCUGUCGUUCAAGCGAUAGAUUUGGUAAUCUAACAGAUUGCCGUUUUUAUGAUUUAAAGAGAUUUAUGAAAUAUAUUGUAUAUAGGUUGACGUA